UACUCUACAGAAUAAAUUUACUUCAAAAUAUUGAUAAUUACAGAAACAAAGUGAAAGCGAAGCCUCCAUGUUGGAACUUGUCGUCUGCUCUUCUCUUGUUUGCGACUUUUUGCGACAUUGUUGAUGUUGAUGGCGUGUUAAAUGUUCUACGAUUCGCACAAAUCAUCCAAAUGUUAACAAAAUAGAAGUCUAUUUCCACUGUGUGUAUAUUAUCCGAUCAAAUUUGUGUUUUUAUCACUGAGAAUAGUGAAAAUAAAACAAGGAUCGGCCUGAGGUUGACAAUAACUUUCACCUUGUCACUUUUAGCUCGUUAGAUGUCAAAUCAAGGCAUGUGUUUCUUUUUUUUCGGAAUUCUGAUGUAGUUUGGAUUCGCGUCUUAAAUUUACGAGUGAUUGAAAGAUACAAAAGACACUGGGAGAUAAAUCAGGAAUGAGAUUGUGAUUUUGAGGUUAUCUUUGUGUGUAAAAGUAAAAGUGAGGAAAGUAAUAUAUCACGAUGGUUCUAAGCGAAGGUCCGGACCCGGACAGUAUCGGCUGUGGUUUUAAUGCUUUUAAGGAAAUCGAAGAAGUUAAUGCGCUCAUUAAAGAACUGAGAGUGGCUGAUUUGCCUUUUCGAGCUGUGGAAAAAAACAGGGAGCAGUUCAAAUAUAUUUUGACGCAGUAUCAGGAUCAACCUCAUCUCCUGGAUCCACAUCUGGAAAAUAUUCUGGGGCCUAUGCUGGAGAUUGUUAAGGAUGAAAAUAUUCAUGAGAAUAUUAAGCACAAUGUUUUUAAAUAUCUGUACAUUCUCAUGUCCGUCAAAACUUACAAGAAGAUUGUUACGUAUCUUCCGCACGAAGUCAUGGAUCUUUUACCCGUUUUACGAAUGCUGGAAAAGCAAGAUACAACUGACAUAGAAACAUGGGAAACUCGAUAUGUGUUGCUCAUAUGGUUGUCUAUAAUUUCAAAAAUACCAUUUCCUCUUGUGCGUUUAGAAACUGAGGAACAAAUUGAUCCUGAAAAAACGAUUAUCGUCAGAAUCGUAAGAAUUUGUCAACUAUACUGCUUUUCCAAAGAUUCUUGCUCGACCGCAGCUGUAUUUUUAAUAGCUAAUUUCCUUACACGAUCAGAUGUUAAGAAACUGUACUUGGAAGAAAUGAUCAUGUGGUGUUUAAAGUGUCUGGAGGAGGAUUCGUCAAGACACGCACCUCUGGCUGUCCUGGCUUCAAUUUUGAAACAUUGUGCUCGUGAAGAUUUGAAACCCUACACUCAAAGGUUAUUGGAUAAAAUCCUGAGCAUAGAAUUGAACGAUAAUCCUGACGUGCUCGUUAGGAAAUUUGCAAUGAAAGUUAUUCAGCGGACUGGAUUCGUUUUACUGCGAACAAAACUCGCAUCCUGGCGUUAUCAGAGAGCAAGCAAACCGAUAAGUUUGGUUUCUAGCAUUCCUAAAACAGCAACCACGGAGAGUGUCCCAGAACCUGAGAAAACGGAAAUGGUUUCGGACAUUGAGGAUGAAGACGUUCCUCCUGCGAUAGAAGAUAUUAUUGAAUAUCUAAUUCAUGGAAUGCGAGAUAAAGCGAUUAUUAUCAGAUGGUCAGCUGCAAAAGGAAUUGGCAGAAUAACUGCUCGAUUGCCUAUCGAUUUAGCAGACGAUGUUGUUGGAUUCGUUUUAAAUCUGUUUUCUGGCCGUGAAUCAGAUUCUGCUUGGCAUGGUGGUUGUUUAGCUUUGGCAGAACUUGGCAGAAGAGGUUUGCUACUGCCACAUCGAUUAGGCGAUGUUACUCCGUUGGUUCUGCAAGCUCUCGUAUUUGACGAACCCAGAGCUUACGGUUCAGUAGGGUCUAUAAUAAGAGAUGCUGCAUGUUACGUUUGUUGGUCCUUCGCAAGAGCCUUUGAACCUCACAUAUUUCUACCUCACGUGAAAGAAAUUUCCGCUACUUUACUGACAGUUACGUGUUUUGAUCGAGAGAUAAAUUGCCGUCGAGCGGCCUCUGCUGCUUUUCAGGAAAAUGUUGGCAGACAGGGAAACUUUCCUCAUGGUAUUGACAUUUUUACAGUCGCUGAUUAUUUUGAAGUUGGGGUUCGAAGCAACGCCUUUCUCAAAAUUAGUGUUCAUAUAGCACAAUAUGAGGAAUAUACAAAGCCUUUGAUUGACCAUUUGAUUGGAAAGAAAGUUAAUCAUUGGGAUACAGCGAUCAGAGAACUUGCAUCCAAGGCUCUUCAAAAUUUAACUACAAGAGAUCCUCAUUACAUGGUCGAGACAGUCCUACCAAAUUUGAUGGACAUGGUCAACUCCAUCGACCUAAACGUUCGACACGGAUCAAUAAUAGCAAUCGGAGAAAUUCUAGAAGCUCUCUAUCACGAAUUUCAAGACGAAAUCACUAUCACGAUUGGAGAAGCAGCAGUUGAGAAAAUUAAGAAAAUAGUCCGAACUUUCCGAACUCGCGGACAGUUCAAGGGAUUAGGUGGCGAGUUGAUGAAGCAAGCUUGUGCUACGCUCAUUAAAAAAUGUGCUCUUAUUCAUUUUCCAGUUCAUUCAACGGAAGUAGUUGACGACUGGCAAGAUUUACUGGAAGAAAGUUUGAGUCACGAGGUACUUGCCAUAAGAUUGAAAGCCGCUGAGUCUCACACUUAUUUUUUCAAGGAGUAUUACACAAAUGCUCAUACGGACGAAGGUGCCCGAAGUGUCAUAAUUAAUCGAUAUCUUGGAAAUCUUCGGUCGGGUAAUCAAAUCUUGCGGAUUGGAUUCGCACAAGCUGUCGGACACUUUCCGCUUUUCGCGAUAAGAGAAAGAGCAGAAAAUAUCAUCGAGGCUUUGAUCGCUUGCGCAAAAAUAACGGAUGAAACAUCAAAGUGGGCAGAAAGCAGGAAGGAGGCUCUUAAUUCCCUGACGUUGAUUUGCCAAACUUUAGGCGUUGAACAUUCAGAUACGUGGAAACAGUUUGUAAACCAGUUGUACGAUUGUUAUUUGCUCGCUCUAAAGGAAUAUACAACAGAUAGUCGAGGAGAUAUUGGUGCUUGGGUUAGGGAAGCUGCCAUGACUGGAGUUCAUGUACUGACAAUCUUGGUUUCUCAAGCGAAUCUUUCAGGAAUGUUGACUGAAACUUUAAUGGCAAAUGUUGUUGGUGGAAUUGCCCAACAGGCUGUUGAGAGAAUCGACAGGAUAAGAACGCAGGCUGGAGUUAUUUUCAGCGCUUUUAUUCACAGCGAUCCACAACUGCCGAAUAUUCCCCACCAUUUCGAAUUGAAGGAAAUAUUCCCCUUGGAAGAAUGCAAAGAUAUAGAUUGGAAAAUGGAAGCAGUGACGUUUCCACGAUUUAUAAAGAUGUUAGCAUAUCCGCCCUACACUUACAACCUUCUUCGAGGAAUUAUAUUCAGCGUCGGGGGAGUCACUGAAUCCCUCGUGAAAUACUCCAGCUUUUCGCUCUUCUCCUAUCUCAAAGAGAUCGACGAAGAAACUUUAAAAGAUCUUUGUGACAAAAUUCUUAAUGUUUGUGAGGAGAGUCACAAAAACGAGAGGAUGAUCACUUCGAUUUUGGCCUUUUUGGAUCGUUUGCUAAGUUCAGGAAGCAUUCAAAUUAUCCUCGAUGAUCCUGAGAGCCAGAUUCCUCCUAGGAUUUUAAAUUUGCUGAAGAAAGAAAUGAAAUUCAUGCACAAUACUGUUAUGAUUACGAGCAGCAUCAAAGUUAUUUGCCAGCUUCUUCAGGUAAGAAGUUCUGUGAGCAAAAAGGCUUUCAGUCAAUUGAGUAUUUAUCUUUGCAACAAAUACAAAUAUUUGAGGAAAUCAACAGCGACUCGAACUUAUGAAGCUCUGACACUUUAUGGCGAAGACAUGGAUUUAUCGGAGGAAGAUCUCUCAAAUCUUCUGACAGAAUUAAAUGCCACUGAUUGGGAACGACCAGUUGAAGAAUUGCGACCAAUCAGAAAUCACCUCUGCGAAUUAAUGAAAGUCCCUAUUCCAGUCCUUCAGGCAAAGGUCCAAAAGUAGAAGGUAAAAUUAACUUCAAGUUCUCAGAUUUGUGCUUUUCAGAAUAAACUUUGAAUUGAAACUUUUCAUAUGAUUUGAAAAGUACGUGAAUUACAACUUCAAACUAAUUUAAUUAAUUACUAUUCAAGUCAAUUGAAAGAAAUUGCAAUAGAAGACUAACUUAGGAUUGACACAAUCUAAAAACUGAAAGAAUCGAGUCUUUAGUUUCUUUUAGAAAUUUCUUAUUAUAACCGUCACAACUUUUUUUUCGAAAUGUGUGACAUUUCUUAUUCCUGUUUAAUAAUAAUGCGAAAUAUUCUUUAAGACUGUUUUUUUUAAUCAAACACAAUAUUCAGUGCCUGUAAA